UCUUUGAUGUAACACACAUGAUGUGCUUCGUUGUGCUAUAAUGUAAUGUUAGCCUUAAGCUAGUUAUUCCGUGUUGCAGUAGCUAAAGUUAGCUCUGGUUAGUUCCCAUCUAGCACGAAUACAGUACGACACCGAAAACCGCCGAUGUUAGGUUUACCCGUCGCGAAUAUAAGGUUAAGCAACUUGAUAAUUGAAUCCACAGGCAGUUUGUCCUGAAACUCUUUCUUCAAGAAUUGUUGUCAGAAGCUCGUCAACUAACUGACUGAGGGAACAUGAAGAGGGCCAGAGGCGGUGAUAAUGAGGAAGCUCCCCGGCAGAAUGGCUCUGCUAGCCGGAGGAAAGGAGAACAACAGCAAAGUGACGGGGACAACAGUGGCGGUGACUUCGGCCCAACUGACAUGCAAGACGAAGACAAUGACCCGGGACUCAGGAGAGAAAUACGGAGCAAGUACAGAGACCUCAUCAACUCAGUGCAACAGAAUAGGGAAGACAUGCUGAGUCUCUCCAACAACAAGCUCACAGAAGUUUUAGAAGAGGCAAACAAACUUUUUAAAGAUGUCCGUCAGGCGAGAGAAGCGGCUCUGGAUGCUCAGCUCCUUGUUGUGGCCACAGACCUGGGAAAGGAGAAGGCCAGUCAGCUGUUCGCUGAGGGCACUGCUUUCGAUGUCUCUGCUUUUACUGAGCACCUUCUGUCCUUCAUGGGUCUCAACCGACUAGAAGACGGGGACAACGAGCAGCAGAACGGAGGUGCAGCUGAUGGCUACCUGCCUCAGGAUGCUUGGCACAGAGUGGCCAAGAGAGCAGAGGGCUGUUUCAGGGCAUCACCCUCCUUCCACUACAUGAUGGGUUCGUUCCAUGCAGAGCCGCCUCCUCCAAAGCAAAAGAUAGAACGGCAAAGGAAGGCCCCCAGCAAAGAAGCCAAAAGGAUAAUGCCUACUCAGCUGAAGAAAAUGGAAGACUCUCAUCAAGAAACGACCGAGAAAGAAGUGGAGAGGAUCCUGGGAUACCUGAAGACUUAUUACCAAGACGAUCCAACAUCACCGAUAUCGUAUUACGAGUUUGUCAUCGACCCCAGGUCGUUUUCCCGCACAGUUGAGAAUAUCUUCCACACGUCUUUCCUCAUCAGGGAUGGGCUUGCGCGGAUGUAUCUGGAUAAUGCCAAAUUCCCUUGUAUAGCUCCUGUGGAGGAGGGAGAGGUGGAAGCUGGAGGAUCGUGCAGCCGUAAACAGUGCAUCGUCUCGAUCAGCCCAAAAAUAUGGAAGGAGCUCAUAGAGGCCUUCGACAUCAGAGACACAUUGAUCCAGCCUUCAAACACACACAAUGAGUGACGGACCCUGCCACUCUUUGUUAGCUGAAGCCGAACAUUGUUUUUAGGUGUGUUCCUUUUUUUUUUUUUUAACAAAAGACAAAUUAAUAUAAAUUUGCAAAAGCCGAAUUCCAGUGUAGGUCACUCUGGUGAACACGUAUCAUAGUGACUUGAGAUCCUAAUUACUCCGUUUCACAUCUUGUUUUAAUUUGUACUUUUUACUGUUUUUAAAAGUUUGAAUAAUAAAAAAAAGAAAGAAGAGAAAGCAGGUACUGUUUUAGUUUUUUAUAUGGAAUAUGAGUGAAUGCUGUUUUAUAUGUGAUUCGGUAAAACCUGGGGUCAACCUCAUGCAUUACAUAUUUAAAAGUGCUGUGCACUUCCCUGAAAGACGGAGAACAAUCCGCAUGUGUGUGCAUAUUAAGUCCAUGACCCAUGACUUAGUUAUGACACACAGACACAUACAACUGGUGACAGUGGGUCACAAGUAGGGAUAGCUUAACUUUUAGGAGUCACAAGCUUUAAAGGUCUGGGAACAAUUGCCUUACAGUAACAAUGAAGCACAACUCUAAACACACGUUUGAUUUGAGAGUAAAUGAAACCAAACUAGUUCUGGCCUGGUUGUGAGUGUGUGUGUGACAGAACUAUAGUUUAGCUUCUGUAUUUGCUGCUUUUCCACAAAUCUAAAAAAAUUUCUCCAGGUUUAAGAUAAUUCAUAUUCAUUGUACAACAUUGUUGCUCAAUGCAAAGCAGUUGUCUCUUUAUGCUACAGAGAAAAACUAAAAAACAGGAUUCUUCUGUAUCGCUUGCCAGACGGCAGUAAAGGUGAACAGGCGGUGGCUGAGGUUUGUUUUGUUCUUUAAUAUCCUUUGGGCCCUUCACAGGCUCCUCUUCUCCCCACCCCCAAUAUCACUGAUGCUCUGUAGAUGGGUACCAAUGAUGUUCUGGGCCCUUUUAGUCACCCUCUGUAGAGCCUACUGUUUUUUAGCUUUUACACUAAGAUAGAGAAUUGUAAUGAUCGUGUCAACUUGUUUGUGAUGCUGAUUCCCAGGAAUUUAAAACUGUUCACUUGCUCCACCUCAGCUCCGUUUAUGUAUACAGGAAUAUGUGUCUUCUCCUUUUUUCUAAAAUCAGCGAUCAGCUCCUUGGUUUAGCUGACGUCUGAGCACCAACCUGCAAGAUUGUUAAUGUCCUCUCUAUAUGAAGCCUCACCCUUGUGUAUGGUGCAGUGCUACUGUGCAGACAAUUUGCAUUUGUUUUGUUUUUCUUAAUUGUGUUAUUUCUAUGAAAACAUCCCUGUAGUACGAAAAUAUCUGCCCAGAGACCAUGUUUCUGCUGUCAUUGUACAAAUAUGUAAGGGGACAAAAAUAAAUAAAUAAAAUAAAUUCUGUAAUUCCC